AUGAGACAGGAAGAAAAGAAAGGGCAAUAUACUAACAGCAAGAAAUUCACCGAUUAUGAAGCGAGAUACUCGUCUAUCGAGAAGUUAUGUUGUGCCCUGAAAGUCGUGAAAGGGAGCACAAUAGCUGACUUUUUAGCUAGCAGAGCCUUGGAGGAUUAUGAGCCUUUGACAUUUGAUUUUCCAAAUGAGGAUUUGAUGUAUGUGGCAGCCACUGAAGAAAGUCCCCAAAUAGAUCAUGUGUGGAAGUUAAAUUUUCAUGGAGCCUCAAAUGCUAUGGGUAACGGAAUUGGGGCAGUUCUGGUAUCUCCAAGCAGAGAUCAUUAUCCUAUUGCUAGCAAACUGGAUUUUGAUUGUACGAACAAUGUGACAGAAUAUGAAGCAUGCAUUAUGGGCAUUCAUGCAGCCAUCGAACGUAAAAUCAAAGUACUAAAAGUGUAUAGGGAUUCCGUAUUAGUGAUAUACCAGCUCAAAGGAGAAUGGGAGACAAGAGACCCUAAACUGAUCAGUUAUCGAAAGAUGGUUCUUGAAUUGAUGGAUGAGUUUGAUGACAUCACUUUCUGUUACCUUCCGCGAGAGGAAAACGAGAUGGCUGAUGCGUUGGCCACCCUAGCUUCUAUGAUCCGAGUGAACAAGUUGGAAGACAAAAAGCCUAUAGAGGAAAAAGUUGAUCAUCCUUGGUAUCUGAAUAUCUUACAAUAUGCGAAAAAUCGUGAGUAUCCAAAUCAGGAAACGGAGAAUGAUAAGAGAGCAUUGAGAAGAACGGCCAUUGACUAUGUCUUAGAUGGAGAGAUCCUAUACAAAAAAGGGAAGGAUCAGGUACUGCUAAGAUGUGUGGACGCAGCGAAAGCUAGAAAAAUUCUGGAAGAGGUCUAUGAGAGUAUCUGUGAAACGCAUGCAAAUGGUUUCACAAUGGCCAGAUAG